AUGAGUGACAUAGAGAAGGGAAUUCAGAAGCUGGUUGAGCUCAGGGCUCUCCACAAGAAGAGGGCAUUCAGGAGACACCACUCCGACCGAUACAAGCGAGUGGCGCCGUCCUGGAGGAAGCCAAGGGGCCUCGACAACCGCGUCAGGAAGAAAUACGCAGGAAUGGCCAUGAUGCCAAACAAGCGAUUCAGACUCCCACGGGUGAUUCGCGAUGUGCUGCCGAACGGGCUCAGGGAGGUCGUCGUCAACUGCGUUGGUGAGUUGCAGGCGCUUGCGCCACAGCGCGGCCGCUUCUGUGCGACCAUUGGCGCAGCAGUGGGCGCCAAGAAGAGAAUUGAGAUCGUGAACGAGGCCAAGGUUCUCGGUGUCGCAGUCACCAACGAGAAGGCACGUCUGGCAGUGGAGGUACCAGAGUGA